ACCACCACCAUAGACGAUGUCCGCCCCAAACCCGACGACAGCCGAUCCAGGUACAGUCAUAUUCUACGACCUGAAAUGCGCGACGCCUAACACCUGCUGGUCACCUCACUGCUGGAAAGCCCGGCUGGCUCUACAAUACAAGCAUGUCCCGUUCCGUACUGUCUGGGUCUCGUACCCGGAUAUCAAGCCCCUCCUAGGUCACACCCAGCCCGAAGCGAAGACCGUAACCCUGCCAGUGAUCCAGCACGGCCAAACCUGGGUGUUCGACUCCUGGGAGAUCGUGCGGUACCUAGAAGCCCACUUCCCCACUCCUUCCCUCCUCCCAAACCCGCAGUCAGCACACUUCUUCAAACUGUACAACGACACCGUCCUCGUCGAAUCCGUAUGGAACCUCUUUGCCCCUCGCGUGGCGAACAUACUCGAUGAGAGGGGGAAGGUGUUUUUCGUCAGGACGAGAGAGGAAGACCUGGGUAUGAAGCUGGAGGAUGUGGGGAGGGGGGAGACGGUUGACCAGAUUAGAAGGCCGUUGGGGGUUGUGGCGAGGAAUUUGGCGCAGUUUGGACCGUAUUUGGCGGGAGAAGAGGUAACAUACCCCGACCUCGUCCUGCUCUCCACCCUCCUCUGGUUCCAGCGCGCAAACCCCGUCGAUACAGAGACGAUCCUCGACAUGUUCCCCUCGUCUAACGUGAGCCGGGCGCCGAUCGUGAGGGAGUGGUUUGACAGGGUUAAGGGCUUGGGGGUCGUCCAGGAAGAACCGGCGGAGUAACCGCGGGGAUGGGAAGGCAGGGAGGGGGAGGGUGUCGAGCAUGCAGGAAAGGGUGAUUGGAAGCAAUGGUACGAUGGGAUCGGGCAAAGCGCGGGACAAUGUAGGACACUUUGAGCUAGGGGAACGUCGAGAUAGUACAAGAAAUAGGAUUAGGAUUAACGUUCGCUGCUGCGUACUUCGGUCUCGCUCCUUACUGACUCACUACAUCGCUACGCCGUGUUCCCCCUCACUACACUCUAGCACCUCAACAACUCAACUGUUCAGCGACACCUGCUCUCCUGCUCGAUCUUCGCCAUAGGUCGCAGACGGGUACAAGACACUCCUCUAUCGCUCUCCCAAAGAAAGCCGGAGAGUCACGGCCGUUCACCAUAUGGACUGAGUACAGAUGCCGAUGCCGACGGUAUCGAUAUUGGCUAGGACGUAAGGCAGCAAAAGAGACGAAUCGAUGGCGGGACAAGGCGACCAAAGAAAGAUACAUAUGUGCACGAAGGGUAUUAAACGGAGGAUGCUUGAGACGGGAUCUGGAAUUUUGUUCGCAUGCGUAUUGUGGAUGGACUCGGACUCGGACAGACUGGGAUUGGGACGCGAAGUUGUAAAGAGAAAGGCGGAUUAUUGGUGCGUGCUAUGUCGGGUAGUGGAUGAUCGAAGGGUGGGGGGAAGAUGUACGUCUAUCGUCGAUCGCAGGUCUUAUGGUACUUUUAGGCGUUUCCGCCGUGGUGAGUGGGUGCAUGAGCUGGCGUAGGAGCCGGUUGAACGUGAACAGCCAGCAGCUCAAGCAACAGGGGCAAAGCUCCUCCGAUUAAGGACCAGUCCCCGGGCAGCCCUCAUCUCCCUCUGCACUCCCUCGGCCUCCCGUUCCCACUUGGCGAGUGCGUCCUCCCAUGCCUGAUUCUGGCCGUGUGUGCGGAGAGGGCCAUAAGUGCGGGAAGAGACGUAUCCUGUCAGUUCUGACAGCGUCUGGAGCGCUUUUUGCGAGGAAUGGCUCGUUUUCAGGUGGUCGAGAGCGGGAGUGAGGGGGGAGAGGGACGCAGAAGGCUGGGAGUGGGCAGCGAGUUGCGCUGCGUGCAGGGCUUGUAGCUGGGAGGAGAGGCGUGCUGCCAGCACUAAGGCGUGCGCUUUGAGCCCUGCACGACGUGCGAGCGUCUCGUCCAACCUAGGUAAGACCCAUUUGUGGUAGAUGAACCCCGCUACGCCGCCUGCUGCGCUGACCCACGACAGGACGCGGAAGAGGGAGCGGAGCAUGCCGGUGAUGUCGGAGUGGGAGGCGAGUACGAGGGGGAGGACGGGGGUGUAGUCCCUCUGUGGCAGCGCCGGUGUGGAUGCUGCGGCUGAGAUGGGCUC